AAUAAUGAAUCAACGUUGACUUCAGUUCAUUUCGGAAAAUUGUUUUGAUAAAUUCUCAUUUGGUCCAAAAUUUAAACAAAAAUUAAUUUGGAAGAUUCAAAAUUCUCUUUUUAAUAAUAAUAUAAAAUUACAAGUCUCAUAAAAUGUCUGAAAGCAUAAAUUCAAAAACCAAUUUAGACACAAAUGUGAAUAAUAGAAAGAAACCGAGAUUGGAAAAAUUGGCGGUGCCAAGAAAACGGAUUGACAAUAGUGUAAGGUUAAAUGCUUUUCAGGUGAAACCAGGAGCAUUAACUUACGAAAUUUCUGAAAAUGUAAAUAAAUUGGCUCAACCAAAAUUGAGAAAUUUAUCCGAUAAGUUUCAAUAUUCCAGCUCAUCCUUUUUCUCAAUGACACCUUUUUUGAAACCUGAAAAUUUAGUAAAAGAAUCGCCAAUAAUGAAUUCGGCCAACGAGGAAAGUACAAGUCAGAAACAAAAUAUCGAAACUUAUGCAAAAAUUACAGCAAGACGUAAGAGUGUUUAUCUUAAACGAUUGCAUCAUUUUUCAAAACCAAUGAAAAAACCACAAGAACCAGGAUUUGGAAGUUUUAAUUCUGAAAAUAAUUUUUCUCAGUUGCUAAAGAAUUUUCCAGGAAGAAAAAAAUUAUAAAAAUUAACAUUACACAA